AUGCACUGCGUAAAGGCACUGCGGCUCGCUAACUGCGUCCAGCUGCUGGUCAAACACAAGGAAAAUGUGAAGAAGAAGAAGUUCCCUUUCAUCCAGACUGCACGUGCGAGAUCAACCUCAGCGUCCCACAGCAACUUUCACAUCAUGAACACCUAUUCCAAGUCUCCCAGUUCUGGAGUGGAAGACAUGCUUUUCUACACCAUCACAGACGGAAAAGAACAAAUUCCCAUGUCCUACUUCAUCGCGUCGUUGAAGAAGACUGGCCUUCGCCCGUCGGACCCUCGUCUCAGGGACUCCAUGGAGAAGCUCCGCCUGGCGGGGAAAGACUCUGUGGGAGAGGUGAUGAUGGACCGUGACCUUUUCCACAGAUUUGUAGGUGGUAAUAUCGUCCUGCUGAUUCAAGCUUUCAGGAAGAAAUUCAUCAUCCCGGAAUUUGAUGCCUUUGCUCAAGAAAUCAAUGCAAUUUACGGCAAAGUGCAAAAGCAGAGUGAAGGAAAGGUGGCGGACUACAUUCCUCAGCUUGCCAAGUUCAGUCCGGAGCUGUGGGGGGUGUCUUUGUGCACCGUGGACGGCCAAAGACACUCGGUUGGUGACACCAAGCUGCCCUUCUGCCUGCAGUCGUGCGUGAAGCCCCUUCAAUAUGCCAUCGCCGUCCAUGAGAUGGGAACAGAGCAGGUCCACAGAUAUGUCGGAAUGGAGCCCAGCGGACUCAAGUUCAACAUGCUGUCUCUGGAUGAUGAAGAUAAACCUCACAACCCUAUGGUAAAUGCUGGGGCCAUCGUCAUCAGUUCUCUUAUCAAGCCACGCUCGAAUAAGGCAGAGAAGUUCGACUAUGUGAUGGAAUUUGUGAAAAAGAUGGCUGGUCACAAAUAUGUCGGAUUCAGCAAUGCCACGUUUCAGUCUGAAAAAGAAACAGGCGACAGGAAUUUUGCCAUCGGAUACUACAUGAAGGAGAAGAAGUGUUUUCCUCCAGGGGCAGACAUGAUCGACGCCCUCGACUUCUACUUCCAGGUUCAGAUUCUCCACGCUAGUUCCCAUGAGGAACCACUGCUUUGCUCCAUAGAAGUGACCUGUGAAUCAGGAAGUAUUCUGGCUGCCACUCUGGCAAAUGGCGGGAUUUGUCCCAUCACAGGCGAGCGGGUGCUGACAGCAGAGGCCGUCAGGAACACUCUCAGUCUCAUGCACUCCUGUGGAAUGUACGACUUCUCUGGGCAGAUGGCUUUUCACGUAGGGUUGCCUGCCAAAUCUGGAGUGUCAGGUGCGAUUCUUCUGGUGAUCCCCAACGUGAUGGGAGUCAUGUGUUGGUCUCCUCCAUUGGACCGAGUUGGAAACAGUGUUCGAGGAAUUCACUUUUGUCAGGAGCUUGUCUCUCUCUUCAACUUCCACAACUACGACAACCUCAGGCACUUUGUGAAAAAGCAGGACCCCCGCAGGCAGACCGGCGAUGACAGGAAUAAAUCCGUUUUCAACCUGAUGUUUGCUGCUUACAGUGGAGAUGUGUCGGCCCUGAGAAGGUUCGCGCUGUCUUCCAUGGACAUGGACCUUCAAGACUACGACUCUCGAACAGCUCUGCAUGUUGCUGCAGCAGAAGGUCACAUCGCUGUGGUGAAUUUUCUUACGGAGUCCUGUAAAGUUGAUCCGUUCAUGGCGGACAGGUGGGGGAAUCUCCCAGUGGACGACGCGAUGCAGUUUGGACACGAUGAGGUGGUGAGGGUCCUGAAAGACUACCAGCAGCUCUUCAAGAAGCAGGACGGAGAGUGCAAGACUGCAGAAGCACCAGUCAAGCUGGAUACCAUCGAGGGCAUGGUGUAA